CAAUACCAAGUCUAAAAAGAGGAGAAAAUAUGUCUGACAAAAAAUUGCCAGAACGUCCAGGCAAACCAGAGUGCGGCUAUUAUCUUAUAACAGGAAACUGUAAUCAGGAAAAAAAGUGCAAAUACCAUCACCCCAAGAAUAUAACCCCGAUAGAACCUGGACUGGCCCUCAAUGACAAUGGCUUACCCUUAAGACCUAAUCAAGCCGUUUGCCCACAUUUCAGUCGCUUUGGCCUUUGCAAAUCCGGUCCAGCUUGUAAAUUCGACCAUUCAACCAAACCAUCAUCAUCCUCAUCCUCUGCUCGCAAAUGAUGAAAAUGAAACUGAUAUUCCCUAUCUUCCGUUCCGUUUAUUCUAAAUAAGAUUAUAAUAUUUAUCCAUAUAUAUAUGCAAAAUCUUGUAUUUUAUUCACCAUUUGUAAUAAUAAUAAUAUAUGAAAGAAUGUAAUGAUCAAGUUGAUCACCAUGGUUAUCAAAAAUGUUCAGUUCAUGUAACAAGAUUGGACUUUUUGUUUCGAUUUACUCCAACCAAACAAAGGCCUAAUCAAGUUAAUAGGCUCCAAUAGAUCCGUAAUGAAUGCC